AUGUCGAAUUCCAAUUUGGAGCAAGUUGCUAGACUAAGAAGGCGACAAGAAGAAGAACUAAUUUUUAAUCGACAAAUUGCCGAAUCUGAUAGAACAGAUAGCCACGAAGCAUUGUCAGCGAGAUACGAGAGUCUUAAUUAUGAAAUUUCGGAAAAUAGGCUGUAUCGUGAAGCUGAGAAAAAACCAUCACAUCAGAUAACUCUUUGGCAGAUCUCUCGAAACCGUUGGUUUGUAUGCUUUCUCAUUGGAGUUUUCACUGGUCUCGUUGCUGCUUUCAUCGAUAUUAUGGUACAUUACAGCAAGGAUAUCAAAUUUAACUGGCUUCUUAAGUAUUUAAUAUCAAAAUGCGGUGAAGAACAAAGAGGAACAACUGCUGGAUGUAUGUGGACUGUAAUGAUUGCGUGGAUUGGGUACAACUGUGUUCUUGUCACAAUCGCUGCAAUACUAGUGAUUUUUGUUGCGCCCAUUGCUGGAGGAUCCGGAAUACCACAGAUAAAAUGCUACUUGAAUGGAAUCGCUAUUCCAGAAGUUGUACGACUAAAAACGUUGGUCUCGAAAGCAAUUGGAGUUGCUUGUUCUGUUGGAGGCGGUCUUUGUGCAGGAAAAGAAGGUCCGAUGAUUCAUUCAGGAGCUGCUGUAGGAGCAGGAAUCUCUCAAGGAAAAAGUUAUUCACUCGGUAUCGACUUCGGAUUAUUUCGAGAAUUCCGUAAUGAUCGAGAACGACGUGAUUUCGUUUCUGCUGGUGCUGCUGCCGGAGUAGCUGCCGCUUUCGGUGCACCUAUUGGAGGAGUUCUGUUCUCAUUAGAAGAAGGAGCAAGCUUUUGGAAUCAGAAUUUGACGUGGAGAAUGUUCUUCUCUGCAAUGAUCUCAUCUUUCACAGUAAAUUGGAUUUUGAGUUGGUUCAAUGGAAGAAGUGGAUGGCUUUCAUGGACAGGACUUGCCAAUUUUGGAAUUUUCGAGAACAAGGAUUACAACAUCUGGGAAAUUCCAUUGUUUUUACUGAUUGGUGUUAUUGGAGGAUGCUUGGGAGCUCUAUUCAACUAUAUGAAUACUCGAUUGACAGAAUUCAGGAAAAAAUAUGUUAGCAGCAAACUCGGACGUCUUUUUGAAUGCCUUCUCGUUGCCGCAGUCUCUGGAUUCCUCGCUUUCCUUACCAUUUUUGCUAUUGAUGAUUGCCAACCAAUCGGAGCUAAUCCAACUGCCACGUCAACACAGAUCAAUCAAAUGUGGUGCAAAAAGGGAGAAUAUUCGGCAGUUGCCAGUCUAUUCUUUCAGAAUCCAGAAGAAAGUGUCAAAAGUUUGUUUCAUAGUCCAAUUAAUUCAUUCGGUGUUACAACUCUGAUUAUUUUUGGAAUUGAAUACUUCUUGUUGACACUGUGGACAUUCGGAAUCUCUGUACCAUCUGGAGUUUUUAUUCCAGCACUUCUCACUGGAGCAGCAUGGGGACGAUUGUUCGGAAUACUUGUAGAGAGACUCUUUCCAUCUGUAACUGGAAUUGAUCCGGGAAAAUACGCAUUAGCAGGAGCAGCUGCUCAAUUGGGAGGUGUCGUCAGAAUGACAAUUUCACUGACAGCAAUCAUAAUGGAGGCAACCAAAGAUAUCACUUUUGGUCUUCCGAUUAUGUUGGUUCUUAUGGUUACAAAAUGGGUUGGAGACAUGUUUAACGAAGGACUAUACGAUUCUCAUAUCGAUUUGGCAGAGGUUCCGAUUCUAGGAUGGAAUCCGCCGAAAAUGAGCAGAAAUAUAUUAGCUGAUCGAGUAAUGCGAAAAGACGUAGUUGCCCUAGAGCGAAGAGAACGCGUAUCUCGCAUUGUAGAAAUUCUUCGAUCAACUCUUCAUCAUGGAUUCCCAGUUGUUGAUAGAAUAGAAGAAUCUCCAUAUGAAUCUCUCCCAGAUUAUGGAAGACUGAAAGGAUACAUUCUACGAUCACAACUAUUUAAAUUACUCGAAAAUAGAAUAUUCGAAGAAGAAGGUUCCUCGAAUACAGGUCUUCCAAAUGACUUUUAUGAAUGUCAGGACGAUGAUGAUCAAAUGAAAUCACUCACGGAACUUGGAUUGACUCAAUACGACGAAUCCUGCUGGCUAGAUAUCGAACCAUACAUGCAUCCUCAUCCUCAUCGUGUUCCACUCAACACCUCACUUCCAUUCAUCUUCAGACUUUUCCGUGGUCUCGGACUACGUUAUCUCUUCGUUGUCAACGACGAUAAUCACCUUCGUGGAGUGAUUACUCGAAAAGACGUUGCACGGUUCCGCGAACGACGUCGGAAUCACGAAUAUCAUGUCGAUGAGCUCUACAUUUCCGAAUCUUGA